AGCGGCUCCUGGCCUCUCCGCAAUGGCAGCCCCAGCCAGGGCGCAGCAGCGUGCCCCGGGCGGCUGCAGGACGGAGCUCGUACCUGCGUUGGGGGCGAGCACCGUCCCGGCGUGAUCCGGGGCUGCGCCAUCACAAAGGCGUCCCCGGCCGCAGGGCUGUGACCUUCACUGCCGUGUCCCUACAAUACAGACGCCAGCACCCCGCAAGCCUCAGUGUGUCCGUGCCGGACUCUGCGCAAUGAGCGGCAGCAGCUGUCUCCUCGGCCUCGGCAUCCUGCUCCUGGCUGCCGGGGCCGUCCUGCUCAGCACCGGCCGACGCCAACAGGUACGGGGCCGCUUAGGGCCAGGGGGACCCCUCGGGGCUGGCGGUGGCAGGGGCUCCCCCCAGGCAGGUCACCGUGCUCCGUUCCUGUGCCCACAGGGCGACAGCUGGAGCCGACGAUGCUGGAGACGGUGGCAGCGAGCGACAGCACCAGAGAAACGCGGCGAGCGGCGGGCAGACCACGGCUGCACCCACUGCAGCAAGGCUGCCCAGGAGCUGCAGCGACUGAUGCUGUCGGCACGAACCAGGCCCAGGGCGUCGCCGGGGCUGGGCUCCCCGUUCGCGCAGGACCCCGGCGCCUGGCAGGCAGCAUGGCGGGACCUGGAGGAGCUGGCGGAGUGGGGCCGCUUGCCCUGCCACAGCUGCAGCUUCUCUGGCUCCUCUGAGAGCCUCGGCCCCCCCGAGAGUCUGAGCGAUACCCACCCGAUCCCAGAUGGAGGGGCCCCCGUCGAGCUGGGGUCCGCCCGCUCCCUUGGACCCGCGCGUGGCAGCGGAGCCUGCUCGGCCCUGAAGAUGCACGUGGCCAGGAAGGGACUGGAAGUGCAGCUGGGGGCCCUGCCCGUGCCGGUGCAGCUGUCCCAGCAGCGAGCGGCGCAGCGGCAGGGCCGCCGCGUCCUGCCAAAGCUCAUCCGGCCGGGGCAGAGCCAGCCCUUGCGGCGGUGCAAGCUGUGCCCCUCGCUGCAGGGGAAGGCGGACGCCAUCGCGGACAACAUAAGGCAGAAGGAAGUCCGGAGGCUGUGGGGGGACCCCAACCCCACCGAGGAGUCCCUGGCCCUGCUGGUGCCGUGCCCCCCACCGCUGCUCGCUCCUCUGGACCCGCAGCUCCCCCGGGAGCACAGCGUGUGGGGGCCCCGGGCCCCGGGCCAGGCCAGCGCCGCGUGGCACCCCAGGGUAGGACAGCAGGAGCCGCGCAGCCGGCAUGGCUCCGAGGAGUCUGUGCACGCGCCUUUGCCCGCGCGCCCCGUGUCACUGGCUGAGCAGACCUCUCCCCGCGACCUCUCCGUCAGCAGCCGGCACCCGGGCUCUUCCCUCGCUGCCGGUGGUGGCGUCUGCUCCUCCAUCCAACCACCAGCCGUGGGCAACAUCGUGCGUGAGAGCCUCCUUCAGCCGGACGGGCAGCUACCGCAGAGCGAGGAGUUCCUGUGGCCUCUUGGCUUAUCCUUGGCCCUGCCAGCCCUUCCCAAGCUGGGCAGCGAGGCAGCGGGACCAGCAGCAGCAGGACCGGCUGCGGUCCUGCCGGAGGAAGACGCUGGCCUUCAGGCCAGGUUCGCUGCUACCCGAGAGGCUGCGGCGCUGCAGGGAGCAGCUUGGCAGAGAGGGGCCAUCAGAGCGAGCAGUGCCCGGGGAGGAGGGCGGUCGGGCAGUGCUGCGGGACAGCAGCCGGCCCAGCACACCCCAGGCAGCCGCACCGGCACCCAGCACCUCCCGGGGCCCAGGCAGCUCCCCGCCAGUCUCCCUCGAGACGCUGCGCCGGAGCAGGAGGCAGGUCCUGCGGGCGCUGGAUUCUGGCUUUCGGGACAUGGCCCGUAGCCAGAGACAGCGAGACGUGCCGCAGAGCCCCGGUCCCGCGCCACCUCUUCCCCCUCCAUCGCACGUAGGGAAGGGGAUUGGCAAGAGGGCAGAGGGGCCGAGGGUGCCUACCGCGUCAGCCACGAUGGGGAGGCCUUGACGUGGCUCUGAGAGGGACAUGGGUGCAAAGAGGAGAGAAGAGAGGCCAGACCCAUCGCUCCGAUAGUCCAAAUAAAUCCCGUUUCUAGCCCCACGGUGGGAGUUGCUUGCUUUCUGUGAAGCGCCAGCCGACUCGGAACGGGAUGUGCCCGCAGGCUGGAGAGGGGAGCCAGGGAAAGGGUGUCCCGUGGGCAGGGUGGUGCUGGCUGCUGCGGGGGUCCCUGCCGGGGAGACAGGCUGCUGCCCCCCCUCCGUGCCUUGUCAGUGCCAGUGUGCCACGGAGGCCUGUAAGCUCCCUUGAUCAUCUGCUCUCUCAGCCCUUCCUGAUAGGGGAGAUGCUCCAGUCCCUUCCUUUGUGGUCCUUUCUUGGACUCUCCCCAGUAUGUCCGCGUCCGUCUUGACUGCGAUUACGUGGCGGCGUAGAAGUGGUGCCUUUGUUCAAAAUUAGCGAGAGACGGCCCAAGUUGCGCUUUUCAGCCAUUCCUGGUGUAUCUGCGAACAAGCGUUCUCCUCCAGUAUGUCCACGUCCGUCUUCUACUGGGGAGCCCAGCACUGGACACAGUAAACCAGCACUUCCAAGGGGUAGGAAGUGCACCGUGCACCGCAGCCCUGCUGGCUGGGGCAAAGGUGUGGGGCUUUGUGGGAAACGAAUGACCUACCACCCAGCCUGGCUCGCGUUUGUGUCACCAAACACACUUCUCUGCGGGGACGAGCGCCGAAGAGAUCCAUCUCCAGAGGCUUCGUUCAGAAGCCCUGCGGAGACGCUGGCCCUUGUUAGAAAUCGCUCACUGACCUUGUCUCAGGGCAGAUGGCUCAGACAGGUCCAAUGAAUGAGACUCUGCAAAGAGUCCAAGGUCAGGAUCUGCCUGGAGAUUAAGAGACUUGAGGAAAACUACCUGGAGGUUGAUGACCGCGUUUUGUGUUUUCCACAAAGCCCCACACCUUUGGCCCUAACCAGCAGGGCUACGGUGCACCGGUUAUCCCCUGUCCCUUGGAAAGACUGGGUUACUCGCAGGAUGUUGCACCCAAGGCUCCUUUUCUUUUUCAUGAUUCCGAAACCUCAGGUCAUUUUUUUAUUUCUGUGCUUUGGACUUUCCCCAGAAGCAUGUCCUGCUUUCAUCUCCUUUCCUGGCUUGAUGAAAGCACUAACGCUGCAGUUUCUCUAAGGGCUCUGCCCCACGCAGGGCUCUGGGGAAGAAGGGCUUUGUGGAGGAGCCUCCCUCGUGCUCCCCUCCACGACCACAAAGCCGAGAGGCCUCAAGGUCCCAAGCAUGAACAGGAGCAACAGAGAACCUCAGCUUGCCCUCUCACCCCUCCCUGUCCUCUGCCACCGCACCCUGCACCCCCCAGGUCCAGGCGCCUACACUCCUGCGCACAGCCCAGUGGGGCAGCGGUUCUCCAGUCCCUUCGCAGCGCUAUCCAGAGACAGGACAAGACAACGGGCACCAGUUGAAAGAAAAGAACCUCUCCCUAACUGCAAUACAAAACUUGUUUAUUUGAAGGGAGGUCGAGCCAGGGAACAGGUUGCCCGGAGGGGUGCCGGAGGCUCCGUCCUUCGCGAUCAUCAGAGCCUGACUGGAUGCAGCGCUGGGCAGUCUGCUCUGGCUGACCCCGCUCCAGCAGCGGGCUUGGACUAGGUGAUGUCCAGAGGUCCCUUCCCACCUCCUCAAAUCCAUGACUUGUCAUGAGAGGAGACGACAGGAGCAGUUCCUGCCUCAGCCGGAGCGGGGAGGCUGCCUUGAUCCUGUUCGCUGCCACUGCCAGAGUCGGAGACAACCCAGGUUGCGACUGUCCCGCUGCCACCGUCCAGGUGCCCCUCAGCAGCCACACAAACACCACCUCGAGGGCCUUCUGUGUCCCUGGGCUCUUUGCGCUGCCCCGGCAGGUGUUGGUCGGGGGCGAGCGCUGCAUUUCCCUUCUUGGUAGGAUGUGCUACCAGGCCCCGCGCCUGGCACGGCUGCGGGACCUGCGCCGGGAUCGGCUCCUUGUUGCGCGCCGUUGCCUGGAGGAAUCCCGGCCUGCCCGCGGGCGGCGCUGGCUCCUCCUUGAGGAGGGCAGGACGUCCCGUUCUGGCCUUUGAGCUCGGCCCUCAUCAUCGGGAUCCCUGCUGCGCCAUCGCUGUCUGCCGCGGUGGGCCCGUGAGCGCUCCCACCCA